CCGGGCGGGACCGCCGGCCGAGAGUCGGUCUGUUUUCACACCUCAGUGGGCACGCGGCGGUGAGCACCGGCCACUUUCUCGACGGACCGACAGCGCAGAGCCAAGACUGACGGAGAAACGGUGCCAGUCGAUCGGCGAUCCUGCACUGGGACGUGCCGCACGUGCUCGCUGCUUCACGUGCCGAAGAGGGCGGCUGGCAGUUUGAAGAGUCCCCUGAGAGCCCGGGUGACAGGGAGCUGUGGAACGUCGCCGAGGCCGGGGCGGUGGGUCAGUCCGGGGAGCGGUGACUGCUCGGCAGCUACUGGGUCGAGAUGGCUGUCAAGGACGCCACUGGAUGAUACCGCGGCGAUAGCUCAGGAUUCUGACCAGCGCGCACAACACGCCGGAACUCUGCUCUUAGUGGCCGAUUUAGCAUUCGGAAGUGAAAGAUUUUCGGCCGAGUGUCAGUGCCGCGGUCAGUUUUGGACUCACAGUGAACACACAGAGAGAAACACAGACACACAAGAUGAGGAGCUGGACUCACGCCGUUCUGCUGCUGGCCGUCAUCGGCGCGUCAGCGGCACAAUUUAGAUCGUCGUUUCCCGGGGGGCGCAAGGCGUCUGAAGACUUUGACUGCCCUGAAGACUUCGGAUACUAUCCCCACCCUGUAGACUGUUCUAAAUACUACGUGUGUGUGUUCGGCGGAGCGCUGGAGGAAGUGUGCACCAACGGACUCGUAUACAGUGAUGACCUGCUCACCUGCGACUGGCCCCGUAACGUGGAGUCGUGUGCUGGCGGUGUUGACGUGCCGCGCUCCUCAUCGACGGGUGCCGCCACGGCCGCCGCCAGCAGCGCGGCCCCGUCCCGGGCACGGCAGCCGUCCUCCCGCGGCCGCCAGACCGCCCCCACCACCUCCCGCAGGCCCGUGCCCGUGAGGAACAACCUGGACGAUCAGCACAGCAGCGACCGCGACCUGGCCGAGCAGGCCCGUCUGCUGGGAGGCAUCGAGAGCCAGCCUUCCCGAGACAUCAACGUCCGCUUCGAGGGAGAUACAAACAAGAUCGUGGCGCGUCGCCAGCAGCGGCUGUUCAGCCCCGACAGCAGCAGCGGACGGGGACGCUUUCAGCAGAGCCUGCAAGUCGCCCCUCGUGCAAACGACACGACUCGGCCGCCCGACAAGCCUGACACCGCUGACGCUGACUCUGACUCGACUGACGCGACUGCUGACUCCACCGGCGCUGACGAAGCUCCGAGUCUGCCCAGCGGGGUACUUCUGCCCCGGGUGGGCGCGCUGGACUAUAACGUCUCACUGGAGGAGGAUCCGGUGUUAGAGGCCGAGUCUGCCGGCCGUCUGUUUCUGCAGCUGCCGCCGCCGCAGCGGGCAGCCGCCUCCGGUCGGCGCAGCGGCCGCCGGCUGUCGCGACCCUUCAUCCCGGCUCCCCUGCGCGGCGGCGCCGAUCCGUUCGCCGUGCUCAAACACCACCGACAGCGCUCCGUGGCACACGCCUUCCCGGCGAACGGGUUCGGCUCCGGACGGGGCCAGUUCUCCGCCCCGUUCACACCGUCCCGGCCGACCAACAGUCAACAGGAGUACCUGGACCGCGACUACUACGGGCCGCAGAGCUUCUACGACCGGCCGUACUACCGGCCGUACGAUAACCCGUACCGGAGUCCGUACAACCCGUCAUACAACCAGCAGUUCAGAAAUCCGUACGGGGUGUACGAAGACGAUUUCCAGACUCAGAUCUUCAACAGCAAAACCAAAGAGGUAGUGCGCAGCCCACCAGCUGGAGAUUCGCAUCAAGAUGAGGAGGAUUUUAGACCCUCUGCUCAGUCGCCCCCGUACAAGACGUACCAGUCGACACCGUACAAAUACAAAGACCAGUACCCUAACGCACCGUACAAAUAUGAAAAAGACGAGUAUAGGGAAGCAGAGUAUAACAAAUAUGAAGGGCAGCAGUAUAAUGAAUCACCUUACAAGUACAAUAAUGACGAAUACCGGGACUCGGCGUACAAAUACGACAAAGAUGAGUACGAUCGGCCGACGUACAAGCCGUAUGAAGCGGCCCCCGUCGAGGAGGGGUACGUAGCACCUGUGACGUACCGUCCUGCCGUGCCGUACUCGGAGGGGUACGGAGACCUGUACCCGACGGCGGCGCCGGCCACCGAGCCGCCUAAAGUGACCACCUACCGACCGGCCGUGACCCCGUCGCCCUCCUCCGACCGGGACCGGGACCAGAGACGGGACCACGACCGUGAACCGCCGACCGUGGUGUCCCCGUUCGCGCCCGCUGAGUUGGACAGCUGGUUCCCGCCGUUUGCAGCACCGCUUCCGGAACCAGCCAAGAACCAGACUCGGCCUUCCUACGAGCGGGAGCCCUCGUAUGAACGGGAACCUGCGUACGAGCGAGAACCUACAUACGAAAGGGAGCCUUCAUAUGACCAGGGGCCGUCGUAUAACCGAGAUCAGGGAAUUUACUUUGACUCCAGACCUAGUCUGCCCCUGUCGCCUUACUCGCGGCCUCGACGACCUGACUUGUACGACCCGUACGACUAUGACUCUUACUACGGACCGGCGACUCGACCUGGCCUGACACCCACCGGCGGAUACGGCAGGGACAACUCUGAGCUGCGCGCCAAGGCGACGGCCGCGCCACCGAUCCGCAUCUCCACCCUCUCUUCCUUCUCCUUCGGCGACACGGGCACCCGUUUCCCGGAGCGCGAGCCGCCGCGUCCGUCGUCGACGUUCGCGCCGCCGCCGGCCCCCUCCGCCCCGUCCACCUUCGUCUCGUCCAACCGCUUCCCGUCGUCUCCGUCGCCGUCGCCGUUCCCUCCGUCGUCGCUGACGGUGCAGACGGUGAGCACGGGCCGUCCGCCGGUGCCGGCGCCGACCCCGGCCUCGCCCGACGUGCAGACCUACACCGAGCCGGCCUACGUGGCCUACGUCAACGACACCAUCUACGACGUCUACUACAUCUAUGACGACGAGGAGGUGCUGUAUGAGGACGAGGUGCCCGACUCGCCGAGCCGCCAGCCGGCCCCGCCCACCACCACCGAGGCCACGCCCGCCCGCACCGAGUUCCCGCAGCGCACGACCCUGAGCCCGCCCCGUCUGACCAGACUGAGGUCGCGGAAGCGUCAGCGGACCAAGUCGCGUAAGCCGACAAAGACGAAAACGACGGACGAAACUGGCGACGAGACCAAACCGACCAAGCCGCCCGGACGCAGGCGACGCAUCCGGCCGAGGAAAAAGGCGACAACGACAACGACGGUGUCGCCCGUCACUGACCGACCUGACCCUGACCCCAGUGACUGGAAUCCGACACGACCGACCGUCAGCAGCGUCUCCGGCUUCGGCUCGGAGGCGCGGCCUGGCUCGCGAGGACGGGGACGGGGCGGAUCCUCCCGCACGACCUCCCCACCCCUCCGAACCUCGACCACCACACGGCAGCCGAGCAGGUUCAGUUUCAGCGCCACGGACAGCUUCCGCCAGCCUCCCACCACUGACCUGAGCUCGACGCGCGGAUCCACCGCCGGCUCGACGUUCAGCGCCCCCAGCCGCGGAUCCACUUUCCAGUCGACCUUCGGACAAACCUCCACACGCGCAUCCGCGCCAGCCAGCGACGGCUUCGGCUCGACCCGCACCAGCUCCGAGAACUCGUUCGGUUCGACCCGUACCAGCUCCGGUUCGACCCGUACUAGCUCGGAAAGCUCGUUCGGCUCAACACGCACUUCGACCCUGGGCUCGACUCGUACCUCAACCCUAGGCUCGACUCGCGGUUCGACUCGCGGCUCAACCCUGGGCUCCACUCGCGGCUCGACGCUGGGCUCGACUCGCGGCUCGCUGGUCGAGGCGCCGAAGACGCCGUCCCGCGGCUCUGUGCGUGGCUCGAAGACGUCAUCCAGCUCCAGCCGUCGCCGUCGCCCGACCAACGGCCUGCGUUCCAUCGACUCCGGCAGCAGCUCGCGCCGCCAGCCCAACGGAGUCACGUUCCCGAAGCGCCCCAAGAACUCUGGCAAGAGCAAGAGCAAGAGCAGCAAGGUGGUCAACAUCUGGGAGCACCCGCCGCGCAGGCCUGACCCGGUGUACGCCACGCCGAUCCCCGACGAUCCCGCCGAGCGCUGUGACGCCCGCUGCAAGCUGCCUGACUGCAACUGCGGAGGCACCGCCACGCCAGGUGGUCUGGAAACGGCCAGCGUGCCGCAGCUGGUGCUGCUCACCUUCGACGACUCGGUCAACGACCUCAACAAGGGCCUGUACAAGGACAUGUUCGAGAACAACCGCGUCAACCCGAACGGCUGCCCUAUCUCUGCCACGUUCUACGUGUCGCACGAGUGGACCGACUACCAGCAGGUGCAGAACCUGUACGCCGACGGACACGAGAUCGCCUCGCACUCCAUCAGUCACAGUUUCGGUGAGCAGUUCUCCACUUCUAAGUGGGAGCGGGAAAUUGCCGGACAGCGUGAGAUCCUGGCGGCCUACGGCGGCGUCCGCAUGGAGGACAUCCGAGGCAUGCGCGCGCCCUUCCUCUCGAUCGGCGGAAACCGUAUGUUCAAGAUGUUGUACAACAACAACUUUACGUACGACUCGUCGAUGCCGGUGUACGAGAACAACCCGCCCAGCUGGCCGUACACGCUCGACUACAAGAUCCACCACGACUGCAUGAUCCCGCCCUGCCCCAGCCACUCGUUCCCAGGCGUUUGGGAGGUGCCGAUGGUGAUGUGGCAGGACCUGAACGGAGGACGGUGCUCCAUGGUGGACGCCUGCUCGCCGCCCAAGUCCGCCGAGGACGUCUACAAGAUGCUCAUCAAGAACUUCGAGCGCCACUACAGCUCCAACAGGGCCGUGUUCCCGCUGUACUUCCACGCGGCCUGGUUCACAACCGAACAUCACAAGGAGGGCUUCAUGGCCUUCCUGGACACCAUCUCCAGCAUGGAUGACGUGUGGCUGGUCACCAACUGGCAGGCCAUCCAGUGGAUGCGUGACCCGCAGCCGCUCAGCACCGUCAACAGCUUCCAGCCGUUUGGCUGCGACUACCCGGAGCGGCCGGCGCGCUGCACCAAGGCCAGGAAGUGUAACCUGUGGCACAAGUCGGGCGUGCGUUACAUGAACACGUGCCAGCCGUGCCCGGAGAAGUACCCGUGGACGGGCAAGACGGGCGUGAGCAGGCCCUGAGCGGUGCCUACCGGCGCUGCGCCUCUUCCUAACUUAUACAGAGACAGCGCGGCCGGCCGAGUGUCGUGUGUUUGAAGCCCGACACGCCGGUGCCGGCCGGGCGUCCCGCGCGCGUGUCAGGAGUGUCAGAGUGUGUCAAUGAGUGUCAGAGUGAGAGCGAGUGUGUGAGAGCGCCGCGUCGCCGUCCGGUUGUCUCUCGCGUGCCAAUUAUCGUGAUACUGAGCUGCCGGGCGAGCCGGGGCGCCGCGCCCGAGACGCCCCGACCCGAUUGUGACGCAGACGCCCCCGUGACGGGUGGCGGAGCGGUCAGAGCCCUACUGUUCGUCGGUCCGACAUUCCCAGCGGAGAGAAUCAGACCGGUCCGCUAUGGACGGUCGAUUGAGAAAGGUAACUACUUGGUCCAUUGAUCGGUGUACCAAGGCAUUCAGCAUUAUGUAGAUACCUUCACCCUAUGUGCGAAAAUGCAUAGUGAAAUAUCGAUAUAGCAGGGCUGAGACACAUAUUAUGAUGUGAUAAACAGCUUGAUAAAUAAAGGUUAGUGAAAA